GGGUUACGGGUACACACAACAUGGUGGCUGGGAACCGUGAACUUCUCUCACCGGUGAAAAAAAACAUCCACACAGGAAAGUAUAUCACCGACGAGACGGACUGAAGAAAGAAAAGGAUAAAAAAGCAAAUGUCAAAAAAGACGAUGGUGCAUAAGGGACCCGGCUAUCAAAAGAAGCGGGAGGGCGAGCCGAGAAGCUGUAUCCGAUUUAAGUGCACCCUGAUAAAUACGAUACAAGAUGUGCUUCGACAGAGAGCUGGCUGGGUGGAAGUGAAGGAUGACAGCGAGUGGGAUUUUUACUGGUGUGAUGUCGGAUGGCUCCGGGAAAAUUUUGACCACAUCUACAUGGAAGAGCAUGUGCGAAUCUGUCACUUCAGAAACCACUAUGAGCUGACUCGUAAGAAUCUGAUGGUGAAGAAUCUGAAGAGGUAUCGCAAGCUGCUGGAGCGAGAGGCGGGGAGGCAGGAGGCGGCCAAGUGUGACUUCUUCCCCCGCACCUUUGAGCUGCCCUGCGAGUAUCACCUGUUCGUGGAGGAGUUCAAGAGGAGCCCCGGGAGCACCUGGAUCAUGAAGCCAGUUGCCAGGUCCCAGGGAAAGGGCAUCUUCCUCUUUCGCAAACUGAAGGAUAUCAUGGACUGGAAGAAGUGUGCAGUGAGGGUCUUGUACAGAAUCCCCCCGCUAUUUCAGGAUGGGAACCGUUCAGAGGAUCAGAAGGACGAGACGCAGGUGGAGAGCUACGUGGCUCAGCGUUACAUCGAGAAUCCAUAUCUCAUUGGAGGUAGGAAGUUUGAUCUACGAGUCUAUGUGCUGGUAACAUCAUACGUUCCUCUCAAAGCCUGGCUGUACCGAGACGGAUUUGCUCGUUUUUCCCUGACUCGCUUUUCCCUCAGCUGCAUUGACGAUCACUAUGUCCAUCUCACAAACGUAGCAAUACAGAAAACAGCUCCGGAUUACGAUCCUGAAAAGGGCUGUAAGUGGCAGAUGCAGCAGCUGCGACGGUACCUGAGCGCUCGGCACGGAGCGGAGCGCGUGGAGGCGCUCUUCAGGAACAUCGACGGCAUCUUCAUCCGGAGCCUGCAGAGCGUUCAGAAGGUCAUCAUCAACGACAAGCACUGCUUUGAGCUCUACGGAUACGACAUCCUGCUGGACCAGGCUCUCAAACCGUGGUUAAUAGAAGUGAAUGCUUCCCCCUCACUCACUGCCAGCAGCCAGGAGGACUAUGAAUUGAAGUGCCGUCUUCUGGAGGACACUUUGCAUGUUGUAGACAUGGAAGGGAGGCUCACUGGCAAAGAGAAGCAGAUUGGAGGAUUCGACCUCAUGUGGAACGACGGUCCUGUCUCUAAGGACGAUGUAAACCUGGACGCUUUGGGGAGCUCCACCUUAACUGCCAACACUCACUUAGGGUAUGUGAAUGACAGGAAGACACAGCUGAGACAGCUUCUGAAACCCCUCCCAGGACAGAAGAAAGUAUGACAGGAAACAGCCAACCCACAGAGGGACCGAGAGAACAAAGGAAGAGGACUCGGACAAGCCGGAGC